UCAAAUUAAUCAUUUUGUUCAAUCAAAUCCUCUGAUCACAAUUCACAACCACCACGUUUUAUUUCAUAAUUAUAGCAUAUAUCAACAAAAUUUGAAAAUCAACAAUGUUUUUACUAAAAUAAAAUGGAUAUUGACAUAAAAAAUAAAAACACAUUAGUAUAUUUUGAAGCAAAAACAGAAGAUCAAGAUAGCGGAUAUGAGGUUCCGAUUCAAGCAGCCACUACCACUGUCACUACUCCGGCCGCCGCAGCCUGCGUCAGCGUCAGCGUCGGCCAAGUUUCGCUCAGUGUCCCAGCAUUCAUCAUUUGGGGUCGCAUUUGAUAUAGAUGGGGUGAUACUUCACGGCGCGAAUCCAAUUGGGAAUUCACGGAGAGCGCUCAGAAAAUUUUACAAUGACUCCGGUUCAUUGAAGAUUCCCCUUUUGUUCCUGACAAAUGGUGGUGGUAUUCCAGAGUCGAGAAGAGCCCUUGAGUUGAGCGAUAUUCUUGGUGUGAAAAUAUUACCCUCUCAGGUAGUGCAGGGUCACUCUCCCUUCAGCACUUUGCUAAAAAGAUAUGAAAAUGAAUUCAUUGUUGCCACUGGAAAAGGGGAACCUGCUGUUGUGAUGUCAGAAUAUGGUUUUAAGAGAGUUGUCUCACUAGAUGAGUAUGCGUCACACUUCAGUAACAUUGAUCCUGUGGCCCAAUACAAGCGGUGUACAAAUAUACAAGCAUCAAACUGCUCAAAAAACUCAGAGAAGAUAAUCCAUCAUGAUUACUCUAAAAAUGUUAAGGCUGUGUUCGUUGUAAGUGAUCCUGUCAACUGGGAAGGAUCCUUCUUGAGACGAGUAAAUGACAACUUUAGGUUCUUUGCGACAUAUUGACAUCUGGAGGCAUUCCUGGCCAAAAGAAUUGGCAUCAACCACCUUUAUAUUUUGCUGCAGAUGAUCUCCAAUACCAGGCUGCAUUUCCCUCAGAACGUCUUGGCAUGGGUGCCUUCCGGAUAGCCCUUGAGAGUGUCUUCAACAGGUACUUGAACAUAUUCUACAACUCUAAUCUUGCUAUACUGAAUACACCUAAAUCCAUGGAUCUGCAAUCAACCAAGUUUAGACGUGACUUUGUGUUGAAUUGUAUAGUCAAUUGCGAUGGUUUUAGCAGUACUGAUAAUGAUUAAAGUAGUGCGUGAGAAAUCUUAUAAAAAAAGAUACAGAUUCUAAUUGUAAUGAAAAAAACAGAUAAGAGUAGAUCCUAGCUGAAUAAUAAGUUUUAUAUAGUGGAGUACUAUUACUUUAUUUGACUAGCAAGAUUCUUAAAUAGAAAAAAAGGAAAUAAGUUUUGGAUACUGUAAUGUAUCUAGGUGUAAUAUCCCUAUUUAUCCCAAUUAACAAAAACAAAUCCCUAAAAUAAUGGAAAUCGUGAAAAAAUGAGGAAGGGAAUAAAGAAACACACGCAUGACCAUAUAAUCCUUCCUGUUCCUCUAAUAUUGUUUUCGCAGAUUAGACAACUUGAUCAUUGCAAACAAUCACCUCAAUUGUUUUAAGAGUUGACACAUCUGCAAUAACUAAAGGGAGGGAUCAAACCUCGAGUUGUUCUAAACCCAUAAGAACGAGUGUCUCAAGGCGUGGAAAGUGGACUUAAGAGCCAAGUAUUUGAGGUUAGGGAUAUGAUUCUCACUUGUUUCCCACUCCCAUGUAAUGAACCCAUGAACGAUAGUGAGCGAUUCAAGAUGUGGCAACACACCAAUUUCAGGCAAUAUGCCAUCCCACUAUUCACCUGCCUUCAGCAUACGAACGAAUCUGGAAAGGUGAUUCGAUUUGUCGCUACAUGAUAACACGUCAACGACUCCAGUUUUUCUAGAACAUUUAAAUUGCUCAGGCAAUACCUGUCAUCAUCCUUAGGCUUCUCAUCAUCGUAUGUUAGUUGUAAUGUUUUGAUAUUGCAGAUCCUCUUAACCACUUGUUCGCUACACUUGAAAUUCAUGACUACUCGCAAUGUUUGCAAGUUAAUCAAAACAAUGUCGUCUUGGCCGUGGGGAAGAUCCGGGAUAUGAAGCCGUUGAGAUGCCUAAUGUGACGCAUGCACCAAAUAUUAGCUGGUGUAGUGAGCUUCUCACCGUAUUUCAUGUUAAUAAUUAAUGUGUGCAGAUUACAAAAUAGCCCGAUUGAACAAUGUAGAUCAAACUCUCGUAAAUCUGUCCUGAAACAGCCUGAAAUGGAGCGGUGGUGGUGGUGGUGCAUCCUCAGAAUUCCAUAUCGAAGAACGCACUUGCACAUGUGACACGGACGAUAACACGUUUAUGGCUUCAUCCUUUAAUAUGGUUUUAGAAAUAACAAUGCGGCGUGGCCAAUUUAUUAUCCAUUGAGGAUUAGUUUGUCUUGCCACAACAACGUAGAACCUUUCCCUUUCAGCUUCUCUCAAGGACAAAUCCCGCACCAAGUCAUGAAUUCUACAGCUUCUUAUGUUUCCAGUCUUGCCCAACUUAUCAAUUAAAAGGAGAUUCUACUGAUAAUAAGUAGCUUCUCCCAAGAAUCUCUUUGCUGUGUCUUCCAAGCUUUCCUCAUCCAUUGCUUUUAUAAAUCCUUCAGCAACCCAUAGGUUAAUAAGUACUGAUAUGCUUAUAUCAUCAUCAUCUUCAGGAAAAACUCCCUUGUAAUGGUUUCAGAUAAAUUGGCAAUUGCUUAUGGCUCAUGUGCAAUAUUCUCAA